AUUCCUUAUCCCAGUUUCUUUCAGCUGCCCCUACCUGGUUUAUCCUUCCCUGGUCUUCUUCCUCAACUUCAUCCAAUUUCAAACCCUAGUCUCUCUCUCUCUCUCUUCUCAGAUUUUCAACAGAUGCGAACCUUGCCUAUUGAUUUCGUAUAGCUAUGGCGUUGUCUAAAGAAAUGGCUUGAAUCGGAGUUUCUUCACUUUGAUCUCUUCAUAUUCUCAUUCCGUUCAAGUGUGUUGAUCAAGAUGACGCCUGUUUGCCCCUUUGUCAAGGCUGCUCCUCCUGAUGAUGCCUCUUUGAAAAAGGUUGGUGACAACCAAAAUAAAAUUCAGUCAGGCCAAGAGGGCAAGGCUAAACAAGAGUCUGGGGAAUCCACUAGCAUUUCUCCGAAGUGCCCCUUUGGAUAUGAUUCUCAAACAUUUAAGCUAGGCCCCUUCAGCUGCAUGAUAUGCCAAGCUCUUCUCUUUGAAAGUUGCAAAUGUGUGCCUUGUUCCCAUGUAUACUGCAAAGCAUGUAUAUCACGCUUUAAAGAUUGUCCUCUGUGUGGUGCUGAUAUUGAGAAGAUCGAAGCUGACACAAAUCUUCAGAAUGUAGUUGAUCGCUUCAUUGAAGGUCAUGCGAGGAUAAAGAGGUCACAGGUUAAUACAGAUGAAGAGGAAGCUGUAGGUGAGAGGAAAACAGUGAUAUAUGAGGAUGUGUCUCUGGAGAGAGGUGCUUUCUUGGUGCAACAAGCCAUGAGGGCAUUUCGGGCCCAUAAUGUAGAAAGUGCCAAAUCAAGACUCAGUCUAUGUGCAGAAGACAUUCGAGAACAGUUGGAAAGAAUGGGGAACACAUCAGAGUUGUGCUCACAGCUAGGUGCAGUUCUGGGUAUGCUUGGUGACUGCUGUCGAGCACUGGGAGAUGCUGGCUCUGCUGUUACUUAUUUUGAAGAGAGUGCUGACUUCCUUAAGAAAGUUCCAACUGACGAUUUGGAGAUCAUACAUACACUUUCUGUUUCACUUAAUAAAGUUGGAGAUCUUAAAUAUUAUGAUGGAGAUUUGCAAGCUGCAAGAUCUUACUAUUUUCAGUCUUUGAAUGUUCGUCGUGAUGCAAUCAAGAAUCAUCCCAGUUCACCAUCUCAGAUUCUUGAUAUGGCUGUUUCUCUUGCCAAAGUUGCUGAUGUGGAUCGGAAUAUUGGAAAUGAGGAUGUGGCAAUUGAUGGAUUUCAAGAAGCCAUUAAAUUGUUGGAUUCUUUGAUAUUAAAAGCUGAAGAAGUUGGUCUUGAACAACGGCGCCUUUCUGUGUUGGAAUUCCUCAAGAACCAACUUGCUGAGAAACAACCUGAUUCAACUCCCCGAGAUCAUGUUUCUUCCUAGAUAAAUAAAAGUUCCAAGUAAAAAUAACAGUCUUCCUGUACCUAUUGGAGCACAUUCAUGUAUUAGGCUCAAGUUUACUGAAGGCGAUUUUCCCACAACGAAGUAACACUUGUAUAUGGAUAAAGAAUAAGUGUUGGCGCUAAUUUUUAUUCAUGUUCCGUCACAUAUGACCAUCUUGGUGCUGCCAUAUGUACCUAUGCAUUACCUUCAUGAGACACGAAGCAAGUGGUGGGAACACGAAUGGUUUCAUGUUCCUGGAUGUGUGGUGUUGUUUACUUCAGCGGAGGUACUACUACUGGCUACUGCAUCUUUAAGACUGUAAAUUCUUCCUUGUGCUUCUUAUCGAUAAAUUCAUGGAUCCAUCUUUUGAUGUUGUCUUUUAGUCAAAACGAUAUAUAAUGGAGAUUGUAAAUAUGUUGCAUGGAAAAUUACACUUUUAAACCACAGGUACAAUGUUUGCUGAUAGAUUUCAGUAAAUGGGGGAGUUAAGUUCAUGCUGCAGCCA